AUGGCCGCUGACGCGCCAUCUCCCCGUCCCACUGCGGAGGAAGCCACCGCAUCUGCUGAGAACAGCGAAAUCCAGAAUGACGCGACCAAGAGCGCCGCUGUCGCCGACAAGUCAGAUACUGCUGACGCGGUUGUCGCGGACGUUGGAGUAGGUGAAAAGGAGAAGGAAGCCGCCGGCGAGCCCUCAAAGAACGAUAGUGAUGAAAAGGAUGAAGAGAAGGAGAAUGCGGCGGCAACCGAACCCGAGGCCGAUACAGAGGAUGUUUCUGCUCUUGAUGGCUCGACGGAUGUCAAAAAAUCGAAGAAGAAGUCACCCGCUACAACCGCGAAAUCAACUCCCAAAUCUGCCGCGAAGAAAAAGUCCCUUGCCAACCUGAAGAGCAACGGCACACCUGCAAAGGUGAAGAACGCUGAUGUUAACUACGAGCCUGGAAUGCAGGUUUUGGCCAAAAUGAGGACUUUCCCGCCAUGGCCGGCUGUCAUUCUUUCGGAGGAGCUUCUCCCGGAAGCCCUGCUCAAGACCAGGCCUAGCAACAAGAAUCCUCGGACAAAGGGAUCAUCUGCCGAGCCUGCAGAGGUCAAAAGGCAUUGGCCUGUUAUGUACAUGGGAACCAACGAAUACUCAUGGAUGAACAUUGCCAACUUGGAUCCGCUCACUGCGGAGAUUCUUGCUACACCUCCAACAAAUAUCAAGAGCAAGGGACUUUUAGAUGCCUACCAAGUAGCACAAGAAGGAUUUGGCCUCGAGCAGGUUAAGAAACUUCAGGCCAGCGAGGUUAUGGAUGUUGAUACAGCCGAGGAAGACGCAGCCGAGGAAGAUGCGGCUGAGGAAGAAGCCGAAUCAAUGGAAGUUGAUGAGCCAGAGUCAGAAGCGGACAAGAAAUCGAAGAAGGCGAAGAAGCGAAAGCUGUCAACAUCGGAUGAGGAUCCCGAGACUUCAGAGAAACCUGCCAAAACCCCUAAGAAGGCUGCUUCUAAGGCCAAAACGCCAAAAACCAAAACCGCCAAAACUCCUAAGACUCCAGCCAAUGGCACAACGGCCAAAGCGGCAGCCAAGCCCAAGGCUAGCACAGCCAAAAAGGAAAAGGCUGCCCCAGCCCCUAAAAGCGCCAAAAAGAAGACACCUGCAAGAAGCAGCAAGGCCAAGAGCGCGGAAAAGGUCGAUGAGUCAGAUUCUGAGCGGGAAGAGGCUUCUUCUGAGGUUACUAAGGAGGAGGAGAAAGACUCCGCUGAAUUCCAGAUGAAGCAGGUCAAGCAGCUUCGAGGACGGCUACAGCGGGGCUUUCUGACUAAGGAUACACCUCCAUCGGAAAAGGACAUGCCCGAUAUGGCUAGCAAAUUUGACCUCUUAGAAGAGCUUCAGAAUAAAGGAAUCGAUGCUGAAGUCAUCAAGUCGACCAAAAUCAACAAGGUUCUCAAGGGAAUUUUCAAAUUGCCGUCGGUUCCUCUGGAUGAUAAAUAUAACUUCAAGAAACGCUCCGCCGAUCUUCUCCAAAAGAUGAACGUCGUUCUUGCCGCUGAUGGAGCCACGCCAGCCACCGAGAAGACCUUGGCUGUCGGCAAGGAGAAGGAUAUCAAAAAAGCUGCUGAAAAGAAGAACGGCGUCAAGGCCGAUGAGGCGGACCAAGACAAGGAAGAGGAGAAGUCCGAGGAGAAAGCAGAUGACAAGAACGACGAGGAUCCAGCUACCAGCAAGAAAGAGGAUGUCGAAAUGAAGGACAGCGACGUCAAGGCUGCUGACGCUGAGAAGGAGGAGACAGCCAAGGAGGUACCUGAGAAGGAGGCCGUUGAGGCAUCAAACUAA